AUGGCGUCGCCGAUCGCACGGUCUGGACCAGCGAUGGACACUGAUGUAAUAGCUAUCCGCAAUGACUAUGUUACCCCAAAUUCAGCGUUCCCGUCGAGCAUGCAGGUCAAUCUUUCGGAUACUGAACCGACUGGGACAAUACGCCCUCCAGUAGGAACCUCGUUUUCUUCUUUGGAGCUAGAAGUCAUCGAAUUCCUUGAACAGGAUACACGGCCGACGUUCGUUGUAGAUCUGAUGGAUCUCGGCAGCUUCCUACCCGGCCCCUUCCAGCCCAUAUUUGCCAACACGGCGCUGUGGUCUUCACACUUGCUAGUCAGGCGGAUCUUCGGCCCCGCCAACACCGAGUCGCUUCAGUUCAAGUCUUGGGCGCUCCAUUUCGUCAAGGACGGCGUGCCGAGAAACGCUUUCUCGUCGUCUUACAGGUAUUGUGGCAUCACAUGGUACUGCUGGACGGUCCGACGACGCCUCCGGUUCAUCAGCGGACAUCGUACAGUCACAUCUCCGCCCGUGGCUAUCCCCAGCUUAACUUCAACAGGCGGAAUUGGACGCGCGUUCAACCCCCUUCGACAGAAUCAUGCUGAGAAUAUCGAGAAGCAGCGCCAAGCGAGCCUCACAGAUCUCCAGCGAUGUCAGCAGAUAUUCAUCGGCAUCACCCUCCUUGAGUUGCGAAAUACCCUCGAUCCGAUGUUUCAGUGCGGGUUGAAAAUCUCCAGUGUCAUCUCUAAGUACCGGUCCAUCCCAGAUCCGACUCGGGGUUCUAAAAAUCACGACCUGUUACUCAAAAGUUGUACUGAGGCUGCUCAAUCAAUAACGCACUGGGCCAGUUACCAGAAAAAAAUCGCCGAAGGGAUCUUGGCCACUCCGAAAUUGGGUUUGGAUCGCCGAAGGGUCAUACCAGUCGACCUAGACCCCAUACAGACUAUCCAGCGACUCCUGAAAAUGUUUGAGCCUAUGUUCAUGUCGAACGAAAUCCAGAUCGAGUUUCAUGUCGAGGAUUCCUACUCGAAUUUAGAUAUUGACUGCGUCAAGGCGGACACCCAGAUGUUGCUCCAGAUACUCAUUAACCUACUCACAAAUGCCAUCGAACGCACGCAUCUGCGGGAGAAUCGCUGCAUUUCCGUUAGCAUCGGAGCAUCGCAAGGAAUACCUGAAGCCAUAGACGAGGCGAAUAUAAGCAACAUCACCGGCCAGCUCUCGUGUGAAGACGCCCUCUCAGAUUAUCCGACGCAGGGCCACGGAAAGAAAAUUUAUCUUUAUUUUUCGAUCCGGGAUACAGGUUCGGUCAUUGGGGAGAACGAGAGGGACGUAACUCACCAGCGACUUACACACAGUCCGCCUGAAAGGCAGAGCAGCAUCCCAGAUCAGCGCCUCUUCAUUUGCAGUUUCUUGGCGGAGUUGCACAGAGGCCAAAUCCGCGUGGAGCCAGAAAGGGGCGGACUGGGUGGCUUCACCCUUUAUAUCAGAGCCGCAGGGUUGAACUCAUCUCCUGAGUGCGUGAAGCCCUCCAGUCCGUACCUCGCCCCACAUGACCUUGGGAACCCCGGAAGUACUUGA